AUAACCCUUCGUGACAAGCCGGUGUUUUAUUAGCCUUAACCUUAGUGGUUCGAAUCACUGGAAGAACGCGUAGAUAUUGAACACCUCGAAAACCCGGCAUGUUUUCUAUGUUACUAGCAUCAUUUUCCAUAAUUGCUACACUGUUGCCCCUCGUCAAGUCAUCAACGGUGUCAACAACCUAUGGAGACAUCGAAGGUUUUGUGGCUUCUUACUCUGGUUACUCAAAUACAUCUUUCCCGUUCAAGUCUGUCAGCAAGUUUCUUAGCGUUCCUUUCGCCGCUCCGCCGGUUGGAGAACUCAGAUUUAAAGCACCAAAACCGCCAUUAGCGUGGAAACCAAACGUUCUCCAAGCGAAGACGCAUGGAAAUCUUUGCUUGCAAAAUGGAGAAUUUGACUAUUGGUACGAAAUGUACACCCAAAAUUUUUCAUACAGCGAGGAUUGUUUGUAUCUCGACGUCUACACUCCAAACGUCAGCCUCAGUUUGCCGGUGUUGUUUUAUAUUCACGGGGGAGCUUACAGAAACGGUGCAGCGGUGACAUUUCCUAGCGAUAUUUUGGCCCUACAAGGAGUGGUGGUCGUUGUGAUCCAGUAUCGUCUCGGUCCCUUUGGAUUCCUGACAACCGGGGAUUCUGCAGCCCCUGGGAAUUUCGGACUGUUGGAUCAAGUCCAAGCACUCAAGUGGGUCAAAGAGAACAUCGAACAUUUUGGCGGCGAUCCCAGCAAGGUGACCAUAUUUGGAGAAAGUGCUGGCGCAACAAGUGUAACCCUGCAUCUGUUACGUGCAACAUCACAUCAGUGA